CAAAAACACUCUCACUCCAAACACCAGAAACACUCUCACUCCAAACACCAGAAAAACUCUCACUCCAAGCACCAGAAAAACUCUCACUCCAAGCACCAGAAAAACUCUCACUCCAAGCACCAGAAAAACUCUCACUCCAAGCACCAGAAAAACUCUCACUCCAAGCACCAGAAAAACUCUCACUCCAAGCACCAGAAAAACUCUCACUCCAAGCACCAGAAAAACUCUCACUCCAAGCACCAGAAAAACUCUCACUCCAAGCACCAGAAAAACUCUCACUCCAAGCACCAGAAAAACUCUCACUCCAAGCACCAGAAAAACUCUCACUCCAAGCACCAGAAAAACUCUCACUCCAAGCACCAGAAAAACUCUCACUCCAAGCACCAGAAAAACUCUCACUCCAAGCACCAGAAAAACUCUCACUCCAAGCACCAGAAAAACUCUCACUCCAAGCACCAGAAAAACUCUCACUCCAAGCACCAGAAAAACUCUCACUCCAAGCACCAGAAAAACUCUCACUCCAAACACCAGAAAAACUCUCACUCCAAACACCAGAAAAACUCUCACUCCAAACACCAGAAAAACUCUCACUCCAAACACCAGAAAAACUCUCACUCCAAACACCAGAAAAACUCUCACUCCAAACACCAGAAAAACUCUCACUCCAAACACCAGAAAAACUCUCACUCCAAACACCAGAAAAACUCUCACUCCAAACACCAGAAAAACUCUCACUCCAAACACCAGAAAAACUCUCACUCCAAACACCAGAAAAACUCUCACUCCAAACACCAGAAAAACUCUCACUCCAAACACCAGAAAAACUCUCACUCCAAACA